CCCUCUCCCUCCUCCCGCCACCACCCCCGGGCCCUUGGGCGGUUCGCAGGGGGCAGGCUGAGCCGCGGGAAGGGCACCCUAAGGGAGAGGAGGACGCGAGGCGCUGUCGCUGGGGAAAGUGACGAGCUGCUCUUCGUUGUCAACCAGGGACAAGGACACGGCCACUCUCCCAACUCGGGUGUCCACGAACUCUCCUCUCGAAGAUGUCAGCAGCCGGCGCCCGAGGCCUCAGGGCCACCUACCACCGGGUUCUAGAUAAAGUGGAGCUCCUGCUACCAGAGAAAUUCAGGCCUUUGUACAACCACCCGGCAGGUCCCAGAACAGUUUUUUUCUGGGCUCCAGUUAUGAAAUGGGGGUUAGUGUGUGCCGGAUUGGCUGACAUGGCCAGACCUGCAGAAAAACUCAGCACAGCUCAAUCUGCUGUUUUGAUGGCUACAGGGUUAAUUUGGUCAAGAUACUCUCUUGUAAUUAUUCCAAAAAAUUGGAGUCUGUUUGCUGUUAAUUUCUUUGUUGGGGCAGCAGGAGCCUCUCAGCUUGUUCGUAUUUGGAGAUAUAACCAAGAGCUGAAAGCUAAGGCAAACAAAUGAAAACGUUCCUGAUCACCUGAAUAAUCUAGAUGUGGACAUAGCCUCUGGGACCUACUUUGACUUAUUAUUUGGUUGUUGAUGCUAACUGUGCUAACAUUGGGAAGGUAUAAAAAUAAUCUAUCUGUAAUUGGUAACUAUACUUGACUCAGUGAACAGAAAAAUAAAGCAAACUUUUAAUAACAA